GUUUGAACCAAUUCGCGGGAGUUGAUCAGGAAGUGACGCUGUAGCGUGGCGCGAGCGGCGGAGGCUGCGGUGUUUACAGCGUUGUUGGGAUUUUAAAGUCUUUUAUCGGGGCGUGUUUGUGAUGGAUUCUGUGUCCGCUGUCGCAGAUAGUAUCUCUGACUAAUGUCGUCGCACCGUGAGCGAUCCUCGAUGGAAAGCGUGUUCGUUCAGCUCCACGUCAUGUGUGUGACUGGUUUGGUGUUUUCUCUGCUCCAGACGAGGCGGUGAGCGGGAAGCAGAUCUGCAGAGCGGAGUACCGGGCCAUCGGCCGCUUCGUGGAGCAGCUGCGACCCACGAGACAGUGCAUGCAGACGCUACGGACUCAGUUCCCACAUCUUCCUGCGUCCACUCUUCUGAGCAUCUUCUCCCAGGAGUACCAGAAGAGGAUGAAGCGCAGCAUGGCCAGGCAUCACGCUCCUGACGUGCUCAGAGCAUACUAUCAGAGGUACCGCGGCGAAGCCGAGACUCGUCCUCAAGCGCCGCUUCUGCUGGAGCUCGCCAACCAGGUGGACCUGUCUCCGGCUCUGCUGGCCCGUCUGAUGGUGGAGUGUUUUCUGGAGGAGAGCGAGGCUUCAGUCCCAGCUUCCAGACACAUCCUCAACAACAUGCUGCGCGAGCCGUAUUUAAUUCCUGACCUGCUGCUAGCGAAGCACGUCGAGCAGUGCACAGUAAAUGACUGCUGUUAUGGACCGCUGGUCGACUGCAUCAAACAUGCCAUCGGUCUGGAGCACGAGGACCUGCUGAGAGACAAACUCAGAGAGAGGAGCCUGUCGUUCUUAGAUGAGAACCAGCUCCGAGCCAAAGGCUACGACAAAACCCCUGACAUCAUUCUGGAGGUGCCCAUCGCUGUUGAUGGUCAUAUAGUCCACUGGAUUGAGAGCAAAGCUUCAUUUGGAGAUGACCACAGCCAUCACACCUACCUAAACGAGCAGUUCUGGAGCUACUGCAACAGGUUCGGCCCGGGGCUGGUCAUCUACUGGUACGGGUUUGUGUCCGAGCUGGACUGCCAGCGGGAGCGAGGGAUCCUGCUGAGAGACGGCUUCCCCUCGGACGUCGUGACCCUGUGUCAGGGGCCGGCACGGGGCCCGCUCUGACCCGGCACGGGGCCGCUCGUCGCUGUGGAUGUGAAUCCGGAAGCAAUUUAGCUUUCCUGCAGCGUGAGACUCCUGGCAAACAUCUGCGGUGAACUCCGGCUGAACCCGUCCUGCUGAGAGGCAGGUGACACGCUGCUUUCAUUGUUUGUUCAGUUAUGAAGUGCAAUAAAGUUAUAAGUUCUUCAUGUA